UGUGGGGAAAAUGUGCACCACUCAAGAAGAUAUUGGAUAUGAUUUUGAAGAUGAUUCAAAAGAUAAGACGAAGACACUUAAGCCUAAUCCAAACAUUGAUGGCGGAUGGGCUUGGAUGAUUGUGCUUUCUUCCUUCCUUGUACAUAUACUCAUCAUGGGGUCACAAAUGGCCCUUGGAAUACUUAACAUGGAAUGGCUUGAAGAAUUCAGUCAAAGUCGAGGCUUGACUGCAUGGGUUAGCUCCCUUAGCAUGGGUAUUACAUUGAUCGUAGGUCCUUUCAUUGGUUUAUUCAUUAACACAUGUGGGUGCCGCAAGACAGCAAUAACUGGCGGGAUCUUGAAUGCCCUAGGCUGGGUAUUGAGUGCCUAUGCCUCAAAUGUACAUUACCUCUUCAUUACAUUUGGCGUGACAGCUGGUGUUGGGAGUGGCAUGGUUUAUCUUCCUGCAGUGGUCAUGGUAGGACAGUAUUUUCAGAAGAGAAGAGCACUAGCUCAGGGACUUAGUACCACUGGAACAGGGUUUGGAACAUUUCUAAUGACCGUUUUACUGAAGUAUCUGUGUAAGGAAUUUGGAUGGAGGAAUGCAAUGUUCAUCCAGGGUGCUGUGUCUCUGAACCUGUGUGUCUGUGGAGCGCUCAUGAGGCCACUUUCUUCCACGAAGGAUGCCAAUGAAAAGGGUGUUGAGAGAAACAAUAGUGAAGAUUAUCAUGCAAAAGCUCUGUUCCACUCCGCAAAGCCCAUAAAAUCUAAUGGGAUAUUACAUGAAGAGCAAGAGGAAAAAGAAGGGCCAGCUAAUGACAAAGUGCUUGAUAACGUUCAAGCUAUGGAGUGCAAAGGUAAAAGCAGACGUGGAAAGAAUUUGUAUGCUCUUUGCAUUCUUAAGAGAGUGAGCCAGCUGACUGUUACAAUCAAGAAGGGGUUUGGAACAUGGUAUUCCAGCUACUUUGGGGCUGCAUCACUUUUUACCAAUAGAGUAUUUGUGGCUUUUGUGUUUUGGGCAUUGUUUGCAUAUAGCAGCUUUGUUAUUCCUUUUAUUCAUCUUCCAGAAAUUGUCAAACAGUAUAAUUUAUCCACACAGAAUGAUGUGUUUCCUUUGACCUCGAUUAUAGCCAUAAUUCAUAUAUUUGGUAAGGUGAUCCUUGGAAUUAUCUCUGAUUUACCCUGCAUCAGUACUUGGAAUGUCUUCCUGAUAGCUAACUUCACUCUUGUCAUCUGUAUUCUUAUUCUGCCAUUAAUGCAUACAUAUAUUGGCCUGGCAAUGGUUUGUGCCCUAAUAGGAUUUUCCAGUGGGUAUUUUUCUCUAAUGCCUGUUGUGACUGAAGAUUUAGUGGGGAUAGAGCACCUUGCAAAUGCUUACGGCAUCAUCAUUUGUGCCAAUGGGAUAUCUGCACUGCUAGGACCACCGUUUGCAGGUUGGAUCUAUGACAUCACACAAAAAUAUGAUUUUUCUUUUUACAUAUGCGGUUUGCUUUACAUGGUAGGAAUAAUCGUUUUACUCAUCCAACCUUGUAUUCAAAAGAAACAAUCAAAAGAUCAACCCACUGAUAACACAAAAGUAUAGUUCAAUUUAUGGAAUGUUUUGAAAAGUAUGUGUUAGGUUCAUGUCUCUGUUAUAUAGCAGUACAAAAUUGUUAUUCUUAUAAGACCAACUGCAUUGAAGAGUAUCACAGUGAAUAAUGAAUGAGCUGCAAAGUGCUGAUAUUAAAUAAUUAGUGGAAAUGUGCUUGUAAAAGCAAGUUUACUGUCACACUUACGAUUCUUGGCUUUAGAACUGUCUCUUUAACAAAUACAGAUGUUAAGAGCUUUCCAGAUGCAAUAUCACUAUUUUUAUAUUUGGUCAGUGGUUGAAACAUUAGUUUUGAUUCUUAACUCAUGUACAACAGUUUUACACUGAUGAAACUAUUGACUGCAGUGCAGUUACUGCUGAUUUACACUGGUGUGAGAGAAGAAUCAGGCCUCACAUGAAUACUUUCCUACUCUAUAGUCCAGCUGAUCAGAAAUUUAUUGUUGAGCACAAGAAAAUGGUUACAUUUCUCAUCCAGCUACACACGUGUGUCACUACAAUACUAAUAAUAAUUCAAGGAUACACAUAAUUUAAUAUAUUUAAAAGAAUGUUUCUGUGAUAUAAAAUUGAAAAUUUCUUAUAUUUUUCUGAAAGCACUCUCCAGUCCAAGGAACUCUUUUUGAUGUUUUGAUUGCAGAACAAAUGAUCCAUUCUCACCUCAUACGAGAAAUGAUAAAUGAGAUACUUAAAUAUAUUCUGAUACCAAACAGCACUGAAGUAAAACAAACAAAACAACAAAAACUGGGGAAGGAUGGGGAAUAUUAAUGGGGUUCUGCAGCAGAAAGGAUAGGCAGCAAAACUAGAUGAUUUAUUGCAAGAGUCUAUUAGAAAAGUUAAUACAUUCAGGUAGAGUUUAUGGGCCUCCCAAUUCUGAUCUCAAUGCAGCCAGAGUCAACUUCAGUAGUUACUCCUGAUUUACACUGGUGCAACUGAGAACAAAACCUGGGCCUUCCUAUGAUUCUAAUUUUGUUUGCAUUAGUUUUACACCUGUAACUACAUUGGGUCAGACCCAAUAUAUAUUGGCAUAGCUCCAUUGACAUCAGUGGAGUUAUUCCUGAUUUACAUCAGUGUGAGAUCAAAAUCAGGUCCUGUGUGCUUAGAGCAAGGCUUUGGAAGACUGAACUUUGCCCUACUCUGGUUGCAUUUUAUUACCAUACAGAAAAGGCAGGUCUACACUACGGGGGAAAGUUGAUCUAAGCGCUGCAAUUUGAGUUAUGUUAGUAGCGUAACUCAAGUCGAGGUAGCUUAGAUCUACUUAUCGCAGGGUCCACACUAG